AUUAUAAAGGUGUGUUUGACUGUUUUGCGAAAAUGUAUCGCAAUGAAGGAUUAUUUUCGUUUUGGAAAGGCAUUCUUCCACCAGUGAUAGCUGAAACACCAAAACGUGCCAUUAAAUUCGUUUGUUUUGAACAAACGAAACCAUUGUUUUUAUUUGGAGCUCCUGCACCAACUCCAUUGACAUUUUCUCUUGCGGGCUUGACAGCAGGUUUGGUUGAAGCUAUUGCCGUCAAUCCAUUUGAGGUUGUUAAAGUGGCACAACAAGCAGAUCGUACAAAGAUGAAAGAAACUCUUGGCACUUGGGCAGUUACAAAAAGAAUCGUUCAACAGGACGGUCUUGGUUUUCGUGGUUUAAAUAAAGGCGUUACAGCAACUAUGGGUCGUAAUGGUGUUUUUAAUAUGGUUUAUUUCGGUUUUUAUCACAGUGUCAAAAAUAUUGUACCUGCUUAUGAAGAUAAUACAAAAGAGUUCUUCCGUAAAGUACUUAUUGGCUUCACAUCUGGCACUCUGGCCUGCUUUGUAAAUAUACCUUUCGAUGUUGCAAAAUCACGUAUACAAGGUCCACAACCACAACCGGGUAUAAUAAAAUACAAAUCAACAUUCGGUUCUAUUGCUACAGUUUACAGAGAAGAAGGAUUCCGUGCAUUGUACAAAGGUUUGGUACCGAAAGUUAUGAGAUUGGGUCCAGGUGGUGCAAUUAUGUUAUUAGUAUUUGAGUAUGCUUAUGAAUUUUUACAAAAGAAAUGCAUUUAAUUUUUUAAAUAAUUUGUUAAUAUUGUAAUAAA